GUCGUCCUUGCACGUCGCUUCUUUGUCACCGUUCGGUAAGAUUUGCAGCCCGCUGCACCGCUGCGGCAGUUUUCUCGGUUUUGUCGUUUCCUUCGGAGUGCGGCCAGUGCGAAGUCUUUUUCUGUCUUUGCACGCUUCGCGCUCUUCUUUUGAAGCGCUUAGCGCUUCAUUUCAAGAUGAGCUUGCGGCAUGUGAAGAAACGAUGCUCCGUGGUACACUGCGACAGCGUGGAUAGUACCAUUGGUGUCACGCUACACCGAUUCCCGCUGGACUUUCACAGGUGCCGAGCGUGGGCGCAGUUCUGCCGCAACGUCAGCCUGGAGAAGGCGCCGUCGCAGCUACGAGAACUCAGGAUUUGCUCGAGGCACUUCGAACCAUCUGUGUAUCUGCCGUCAGGAAGGCUGCGACACGAUGCUUUGCCUACUCGAGCAAGCAUUGCCGACACCUCAAGCGAAUGCAGCAGCGACAUGGACUGUUCACAAUCUCUGAGCGAAACUUCGGCAUCAGUGAGCCGGGCUGGAGAACCAGCUGCUGUCUCCGGUGAACCUGUUUCCAAGGGGUACGUCCAGAGUCGGCCGUCCCAGUCGCUGCUACUCUUCCAAGAAGAUGCAGAUGGUGCCAGCCCUACUGGUUCUACGCUGAACCAAGCUUGUUCCCACGCCAGUGGCUUCAUAAUGGUUCAGUCUGACCACACAUAUGCAGGACCAAGCACUGAAGCAAGUGCUUCAUCUCUGGAACCUGGCACGGCAGGGGUGGCCGCAACACUGUCAGCGAGUGCUGAUCUGUCACCAGGAGCUCCGUUCAGCAGUUCGCCUCUUUCUUAUGAAGGAUCUUUCACCAGCCCCAUCAAUGAAAGGCGGCCACUGCAGAAAUUUCGAGCCAAGCUCAGGCAGCUGCGUAACCGCAAAAAGAGGCUGCAAGGACUGCUGCUUCAGCGCCGUCGCAUGAAGACCACUGCCGAAUUGGUAGAUAGUCUGCGUGAGCAUUUAACACCAGCUGUUGCUUUUGUUGAAGCUCAGUUAAAGAUGCACAAUGUCAGCAGGUUUGGCCGUCGAUGGUGCAGCCAAAACAAAACCUUUGCUUUAGGUUUAUACUUCCACAGCCCAAAAGGUUACAGAUAUUGCAGCAAACUCCUGAAACUUCCAUCUGUUAGGUCACUGCAGCUGUGGCUUGCACGCGUACCAUUGAGGGUUGGCUUUUAUCCUGAAGUUUUUGAUUUGAUCGAGAAACGGGCAGCGUCUUUUCCACGGCAAGGCAGGGCUUGCACCAUAAUUUUUGACGAAAUGCAUGUUUCAAAGGAGCUGUCGUACAAUCCAGUGUCGGACAGAUUUGAAGGCCUUGAAGAGUACAGUGCAGCACAAGGUCCAAAUCUUGCAAACAAGGCGCUUGUGUUCAUGGCCAAAGGAAUAUGUACGCCGUGGAAGCAGCCUCUUGGCUACUUCUUUGCAGAUAAGGCAGCGCCUGCAACUGUUCUGCAUGACCUUCUCUUCAAAUGACACAAAAUGUUGGUUGGAGCUGAAUU